AUGGUGGAGUAUGUAGAGGGUACGGUUGAGGCGGGAGCGGCGGAAGAGGCGGUGGGGUCGGCGGAUCAGGGGAAUGAGGAAGAGAAAGAUGACGGCGCGGGAAAUGCUACGAGGUCGGCAGAUGUGGGGAAGGAGAAGGGUGAGGUCAGCGUGGAGGCAACGACGGGAAAUGGCCAGGAUGAGGCGACCUGCGCGGGAGGUGGGAAGGUGUCGGUCGACGCCGGCGAAGGGGCAAACAACACGGGCGUGCAGGAGACUUGGGAAGCACCUGGUCGGCAGGGCCCUGAACUGGACGACGUUGAGGAGCUGGGACGGGAGAACUGGUUGUUGCGGGCGGAGAACGCUCGGCUGGCGACGUUGCUUGAUGCGGAGCGGGCUCGGCUGGACGGGUUUUUUGUUGGGGUCAGUGGACUCGUCGACCACGUUAAAGGGUUGGCCGAGCAGGUCGACGACACCAAGAAGUGUGCCGCGGAACAGCUGCAAAACGCGACGGAGGCCAUGUCGAAGACCAUCACGGGCAACAUCACCGGCAACUUUGACGAAGCGCGGAAGUCGAUGAAGACAUUCGCGGAACAGGCAACGGAGUGGUUGGAGGACUUCGACAAUCCGGAGGGUCGUGUCGCGUAUGCACGGGCGGUAGCGGUCUCCGCCUUGGCCGAACAUGUAGAUUCGGUGGUGGGCGAUGCGAAGAAGGGGUUGGAAGAGUACGUCUUGAACCACCUUGCCUCCGCGCAGUUCAACAUCGCCACCACUGUGACCGCCAGGCUCGCCGUGCCGCCGCCGCCACCGCCUCAUCCCACGCCGCCCGCCAUCCCGGAAGAGCUUUUGAAGUCGUUCAAGGCUGACAUCAUGAAGGCGGUGACGGAGGCCACCCAACAGUCUUUCGUUGCUUCCGAGAUGAAGAUGAUGACAGAGAUGAUCGGCACUGUGGCGCCAGGUCGAGGUGGGUCGUCGCCUUCGGCCAAUGACGCCGAUAACGCGCAAAGAAAAACGGCCGAGAAGAAGGGCCAUAAGAGGACGGACGACGGAGAGGACAAGGAGAGCUCGAAGCGGAGCAAGGGAGCGAACGGUAGCCGCGGGUCGAAGCCUGCGCAACAGAGCGUGGUCGACCAGCUGAAGACGAAGGCGGGGUGGAAGGUGUCAGGUGCGAACAAAGAUGGGCAGGCUGCUCCAGCUCUAGCAGCCCCGGCUGCCGCCAAGGGCGUCGCGAAGGCUGCUUCGGCUAAGGGUGAUGUCGUGGCAUCAGCUAAGGCCCCCCCCGGUGGUACCGCGCUCAAAGAGAUGCUCUGCCGCAUGGAGGCACAUAGCAAGGACGUGCAGCAGCAUCCCGUGGUCGACGCCGACCUUCCUGGAACAGCACGUCGCUCCGUCACUACGCAGGUUGCCGGCAAGUCGUCCGGUGCCCCACCUGCCGCGCCUCCGGUGGCCGCCCCACCGCCUGCGGACCCCAAGUCUGCUUUUCUUCGCUCCCAUUUAGGUGCACGCGAAGCGGCUCCUCCGUCAGUGACCCUGCCGGAACUCGGUAAAAGCACGACGCCAACGUCUGUAAACGCGAUCGCACCCACACCAGAUGCAUCUGUGGUCGAUGUGGCGGCGGAGAAGGGAGUGAGUGCAGCGCUCGCCACCGGCGGCCGCGUAGACAAGCAUGCCGGCCUCGCUGUCUUCAUGGCCCAUUUUGAGGCAGCAAAGUGCCCCGAGCACGCCCCUGUUAUGGCCAUCAUGGACAUGGCGCAUGUGGUGCCGUCGGCGACCCACGGAGGGGGUUCGGCGGAGCAGACGGCCGCAACGGCUGCUGUCGCCGAGAGAAAUGCUGGACGAAAGGAAAAGGAUGACAACGGGAAAGGGAAGGCGGUCUCUAAGAGGAGGCCGCGGGCGAUGUCUGCGGGGAAGUUGAUGUCGGAAGAGAAUGGGAAGAAGGCGGAAGGGGAGCAGGACAAGACGGGCGGCAUGGGUAAGCCGGCGAAGAAGAAGGAGAAGGCGGAGGAGGAGGACGAGGAGGGCGGCGAGGGAGAUAAAGAGCAUGGACGCAGGGGUCAUGGCAUCCGCCGAGACAAGGCUGGCAACGGGCAAGGGUGGGUGGGCGAGAUUAAGGUAAACGGACAGAAUAGGUACAUCGGCAAGUCGAGGGAGAAGAUGGAGCUGGCCUACGAGGACGCGAUUGCGUUCGUCGUCUACGACGGCUACAUGAGCAAGGUGCUCAUGAAGGAGCUCACCGUCUUGAAGCCAGGGGAGCUGGAUAAAGGGAAGGAGGUGUGGGCGGAGGUCAAGUUCUUGCCGACGGAGAUGUGGGCAAGAGGCUUGUGCCAUCCGAGAGCACGGUUCGACGACAUACUCGGCAGGUACCGUGGGUACGCGAGUUCUGGUGAUGCGCUUCAUGACGUGCUCUGGCCGGCGAUCUGGUUCCCCAUCAUCGAGGACACGGAGGAAGGCAAGGAAGAGAUGGACGCUCUCAUGUCGGCGAUGGUAAAUCGCGUGUCGAUGUGCGCGGCGUAUGGGAAGGUCACGGCGAGCGCGACGUUUGGGAAGGUUGAUGCGAGCGUGGAGGGGAAGGUGAACGAGAAGACGGAGAUGGGGGCCCAGGCGUUAGCGGCAUCGGCAUGCGCCAUCUAG